AUGCCUCGCACUAUCUACCUCGCCAUUCUUUCCAGGGGUACGCAACCUGCCCAUUAUGCUGUUUACAUCCCGACGGGCGACACAGGGGACGUUGGAAAACUCAUCCAUGUUACUGGGAAUCCGGCCCAGGGGUUCUUCCUCGAGUUCAGGCGCAAUUAUGACUUCGAGGCCCCCCAACCAAGCUUCAAACGGAUUCCACUCGCGCGAGUGGACGAUCGGUAUAUAAAGGAUACCGUCGGCAACAAAGAGAUAGGAGAUACUAUUGCCCGUGAUCGAUUCGAGUCAGUCGCCACCACGGUACAGCCUCCUAGUCGCAGUCCCAAUCCUUUUGACCCAUCGGCGCCGAAUUGCCAAAAUUGGUUGCUGGACUAUACUGAGAAGCUUGUCGCAGAAGGUUACGUUCCAAACAGCGCUGUCUCAAUUGUCCAGAAUGCCCCUAAGGUGCUGUAG